AUGGACUCGUCCUUCUUCACUCACGACCUAAACGCCUCUUCCUUCAAAGUUGCUUUAGAGACGUCUGCUCAGAAUCUCCGUUACUUGAUGCCGUCGAAUCCAAAACCGGAGUUCAUUUUCGAGCCGCUUUACGAAACGCACGUUCAAGCCGCGGUUGUUUGUGCCAAGAAGCUGAAGCUUCAUUUGCGGUUAAGGAGUGGCGGUCAUGACUACGAAGGCCUUUCUUACGUCUCGGAGUUGGAAACGGCGUUUGUGAUCGUCGAUUUGUCGAAGCUUAGACACAUCGACGUCGAUGUGGAAAGUAACAGCGCGUGGGUUCACGCAGGUGCCUCCAUUGGAGAGCCGGCGAGCAAAACCCCUAAGAGCAAAGAGAGAACUAUCGCGAUUUCAUACCAAGGCCAAUUUCUCGGCGAUGCAAAUCGGUUGUUGCAGGUGAUGCAGAGGAGUUUCCCACAGCUUGGACUAACCAAGAAAGACUGUUUAGAGACAAGCUGGAUCAAAUCGGUAAUGUACAUUGCCGGUUUUCCUAGCACCGCGCCAUCGGAAGCUCUACUCAACGGGAAAUCGUUGUUCAAGAAUUACUUCAAAGCCAAGUCAGACUAUGUGGAAGAGCCAAUUUCAAUAAAAGGACUAGAAGGGCUAUGGGAAAAGCUUCUAGAAGAGGAUUCACCAUUGACUAUAUGGAAUCCUUAUGGAGGAAUGAUGGCGAAAAUCCCUGAGACAGAGACUCCUUUCCCACAUAGGAGUGGGACAUUGUUCAAGAUCCAAUGGCUGACUUUGUGGCAAGAUGGAACAGCGAGCGAGACGAGGCAUAUGGAGUGGAUGAGGGAAAUGUAUAGUUACAUGGGGCAGUAUGUGUCAAAAAGCCCGAGAGCGGCUUAUGUGAACUACAGAGAUCUUGAUUUGGGGAUAAAUGGUAAAGGGAGUGAUGCAAGAGAAUGGGGGAAUAAGUACUUUAAGGGAAAUUUUGAGAGGUUGGUGAACAUUAAAGCUAAGUUUGAUCCUGAUAAUUUUUUUAGACAUGAACAAAGUAUUCCUACAGAACUUUGA